AUGAAUUAUCCCCAAGUGGAAACUGACAUCAACGCGCGUAGAUUUCCUCCAAUGCUAGGACACACAGAAAACUCAGUCCUCAUCAACGUCCUGGCCAAAUAUGAUGAGAUCCUUCUAAACCCCACCACCGGUCAUCAAACCCUAACCGGCCGGUCCUCUACAGUUUACAUCGAAACCAUUGAUUUCUGUCUCCGUAGUUCAAGUCCCCGCGACAUCGAACAGCUUCUCCGUGAUCGACUCGUUGAUUACCAUUGGAUAUGCGAAGGCUUAGCCUCAGAAAUCUCAACGGCUGCGACCGACCAAGGUUUUGGCCUCAACGAAUUUACCUUGACCAUCUUCGUCACCAUUACUCUCCAGCCCCACGUGGUUUUGUCUGAUCCUUCUGCGUCGAACGACAACGAGGCCGAGGCACUCUUGAGGAUGGUUCUUCUAGCGAGGAUAAAGAGAGAAGACUUGAAGAGUUUGAAGUUGGAAACAGAGUCUUGUUCGAUCUGUCUCGACAAUCUCUCAGAUUUCUCGAAACACGGUGACCCGACACCGCAUGGACUGUUCCCAUGUCUUUCACAGUCGUUGUCUCUUGAAGUGGCUUCACCGCAAAAAUACUUGCCCCAUGUGUCGGACUGUUCUGUACGAAUCCGAUCAAUAAUUUGCGAACAAAUACGUCUGAAAUUAGGGUUUCAUCUACUGUUUUGA